AUCGUGAGCGGUGGUGCAUCACAUCAGAAUAAGAGGGACGCACUCUUCUUCUUCUCUUCUUCUUAUCGUCUCCACCUCCAGCGAGGCGAGGCGAGGCGCGGCGCGGCGGCAGCAGCAGAGCGGAUGGCGGCGCUGAAGCUGAGCACCGGGCACGAGAUGCCGGCGGUGGGGCUGGGCGUGUGGCGGAUGGAGCCCUCCGCCAUCCGCGGCCUCAUCCACUCCGCCCUCCGCAUCGGCUACCGCCACUUCGACUGCGCCGCUGACUACCAAAACGAGGCUGAAGUUGGUGAUGCACUUGCAGAGGCAUUCCAAACUGGACUUGUCAAGAGGGAGGAUCUUUUCAUCACAACCAAGUUGUGGAACUCAGAUCAUGGGCAUGUGAUUGAAGCAUGCAAGGAUAGCUUGAAAAAGUUGCAGCUAGAUUAUCUAGAUCUCUACCUUGUCCACUUCCCAGUAGCUACUCGACAUACUGGAGUUGGCACAACUGCCAGUGCUCUUGGUGAUGAUGGUGUGCUAGACAUUGAUACCACUAUCUCAUUGGAGACAACAUGGCAUGCAAUGGAAGAUCUUGUUUCGAUGGGAUUGGUUCGCAGCAUCGGGAUUAGCAACUAUGACAUAUUCCUUACCAGAGACUGUUUGGCUUAUGCCAAGAUAAAGCCGGCAGUGAAUCAAAUCGAAGUACACCCCUACUUCCAGCGUGACUGUCUCGUCAAGUUCUGCCAGAAACAUGGGAUCUGUGUCACUGCACAUACACCCCUUGGUGGCUCCACUGCCAAUACCGAGUGGUUUGGCUCCGUCUCAUGCCUCGACGAUCCUGUCAUCAAGUCUCUGGCUGAGAAAUAUGGCAAGACACCGGCCCAGUUCGUCCUCCGGUGGGGGCUCCAGAGGAACACGGUGGUCAUCCCCAAGACAUCCAAGGAGGAGAGGCUGCAGGAGAACUUUGCGGUGUUUGAUUUCACCAUCUCCGACGAGGACAUGGAGAAGAUGAAAUCCAUCGAUCGGAAUUACCGCACCAACCAGCCUGCCAAGUUCUGGGGCAUCGAUCUGUUUGCCUGAUGAAUGGUAGAGUCCACAGCACGAACAAUAACUGGGGCUUUCCACUGUCCCUGCGAACUUCUUGUGCCAUCAUUUUUUUUUCUGAACAGAAACUUCUUGCGUUUUUCGCCCUAUCGUAUCGUUAAAUGAACUUGAUUCGUACUUUAUGUA